UUUGUAGAAUGUGUGAGCCCAGUCCACCUGCUCUACAUCCCCACGCCAAGGGCAAUGUGACCAUGGUGGGUGUUGGUAUCAAGCUUGAAGACGACGAAUCGGGAGGUAGAGUCGUCCAGCGGGAAUCCCAGCAGUCCUCUCCAGUCAGUGAUUGGUCAGUUCGGCAGCUGUCGGACAGAGACGACUCUGAGAAGUCAGCGCCCCCUAAUGCACAAUCUCCUUUGGCGAGUUCUCCCAGCAAAGACCCAGCACGAGCAUACACACCUGCCAGUCAAGAUGGAGGCAGUAGAGCUCAUGAUAAGACUGACAGCAAGCCUAAUGUCAGUGAGGUGAUGCCUACUAUUGAAAAACUUCUGAAUACAGACUGGAAAGAAAAGUUCCUUGGGAAGGGUCUUCAUGGCAGUGUCAACCUAAAAGGAACCCCAGAGAGUCUGGCAGAGAAGGAGCUUCAGUUGUUGUUGAUGAUAAACCAGCUCUCUGGUCUGCGAGAGCAGCUGCUAGGAGCUCAUUCUGAGCAGAGGAACAUGGCCGCUCUGCUGCUGGAGAAACAGCAGCAACAGAUGGAACUGGCAAGGCAGCAGCAAGAACAGAUUGCCAAACAGCAGCAGCAGUUGAUACAGCAGCAACAUAAAAUCAACUUACUGCAGCAGCAAAUUCAGCAGGUAAACAUGCCGUAUGUUAUGAUCCCUGCCUUUCAUCCCAAUGCCCAACCGUUGCCAGUCACCUCUGAAGCCCAGAUGGGUUUGCCUCUGCAGCCCAUUCCCUGCAAACCAGUGGAGUAUCCCAUGACGUUGCUGCCCAAUCCACACUCCACCCCAGUCAAAAGGUCCAGUGGUACAGUCUUUCGCCAGGAUACCUGUCAACCUCUCAACCUCACGGCUAAACCCAAGACCCCAAGUCCACAGGCACUGGAAAUGGCCCACUUGCAGACAGGGUACCGGCCCAGAGAUCUGCCUCAUAGCCCUUCUCGAUCUGCCCUCAGCCUGAGCUUCUUGGGAGAGGGUGAUGUUGUGACACAAGCCAUUCAUGAUGCCCAGCAGCUGUUGCGUGGAGGACAAGGCCCGACAGGCCGAGAGAGGAACCGUGAGAGGGACAACAACACAAGGCUGGAGGCGUCUCGAGACCGGAUGGAUAAUGGACAGUCCCUGCGGAUGAAUGAGGACCACCUCAGCAGUGACUCUGAGGGGCAGAUGGCAAUCUCUGGUGUGGGAAACUUUGGUGAAUCCCGGACUCCCUCCUCUGGCCACAUCAAACGUCCCAUGAACGCCUUCAUGGUGUGGGCCAAAGACGAAAGACGACGUAUCCUGCAGGCGUUCCCUGACAUGCACAACUCCAGUAUCAGCAAGAUCCUCGGUUCCCGGUGGAAGACCAUGUCCAAUCAGGAGAAGCAGCCGUACUAUGAAGAGCAGGCCAGACUGAGUCGGCAGCAUCUGGAACGUUACCCAGACUACAAAUACAAACCCCGGCCGAAGCGGACCUGUAUUGUGGAGGGUAGACGACUGCGGGUUGGAGAGUACAAGGCCAUGAUGAAGAGUCGACGACAGGAGCAACGAGUUACUUACCCUCCAAGUCAGUUAGAGCAGCAGCUACCGUACCCCUCCAGUGAAGGACAGUACCCGACCACGCCGGUGUCAAUGGCCCCAUUGCCCUUGCACCCUGCCCUCCUGGAGCACUACCUUCCUCGGGGUCUGGAGCCCCCAAAAGGCCAAGGGAGCGAGAUGCGGGAGGCCGUGAGGCCCAGACAGCCCUACAGCGAAGGGGAGGAGAGUGACGCAGGUGAACGCAGUGAGGGAGAGCUGGUUGUCCUCACUGACUGAGACAGAACAAGGAACAAUCGGAGGACAGAGAGGGUGGAAAAUGUGAUGAAUGAGAUGGAGAAAAUAAUUGGGAGUUUUUGCAAUCCCUACCUACAACAUGAUGGUGUCCAAUAAAUGGUAUAGGUCAGUGUUUUCCAGUCCAGUUGUGAGGAUGUCCUGGUUUCAAACCCGCCAGAUCGGUCACAUGGUUCUCUAGAGUUGGUUAGGAAGGCAGCAAACAUGAUAAACAAAGAACAGAUCUUCAUUUUUCAGAUUUUUUCCCAGUUCUUUAGGCCAGACAUCCAGGAUAGGUCUUACAUACUGACCACAGCUUGGAAAAAGCGAGACUUUUUCACUCUACCAUAUUCAUUAUGAGACCGCACAUCUCGAGUCUUUUGAAGGCAUUGUGAAGCUGGUGUUCAAAAAUUGUUUUACAAAUCAUCAAAUGUCACUGCAUUUAUUAUGAAGUAAAUGUCAUCUGCGAAGUGCAUAAGCAAUUGCAUGAGAACCAGCUUUUCUAUAAGGGGUACAGAUAAGUAUAUUCACUGUUGGCUUAUCUGAAAAAGUUCCACAUUUGACACCAUGUCAAAUGAUUGGCAAUAAUAGCAUGAAACGGUUCACACGAAAUGAAAAGAGAUUGAAAAUGAAAAAUUUUUGGAUGAACUAUUUCUUUAAAUAGACAAAACGUGAAGAGCUAUGAAUCAUUUUGCCAUAGAAA